AUGGCUAUGCGACGAUUCGUGGCACGUCGAGGAUCACCGGUUGAAAUAUAUUCCGAUAACGGGACCAAUUUCCUUGGCGCCAAGAACGAUCUCGUAGAAGAAUGCAAAACCAUCAACACCGAACUGGCAACGACAUUUACAAACACUGUAACCAAGUGGUACUUCAACCCGCCUUCUGCGCCGCACAUGGGAGGUGCGUGGGAGCGCCUUGUUAGGUCUGUGAAAACAGCGUUCUUUGCGAUUACCACAUCUAGAACUCCGAACGAAGAAACCUUCUCCACCGUUCUCGUCGAAGCUGAAGCAGUUGUCAACUCUAGGCCCCUAACUUUCAUCUCCUUGGAAAAUGACUCACAGGAAGCUUUGACCCCAAAUCAUUUCCUGCUUCUGAGUUCUACAGGCAUCGGUCAGCCGCAUAUGAAGUUCGUCGAAUCUAGACUGGCCCUUAGAGACGACUGGAAUCACAACAGGCACUUGGUGGAUAUCUUCUGGCAUCGCUGGGUGAAGGAGUAUUUGCCCAUCAUCGCGAGGCGAACUAAAUGGUUCGAAGAAACGAAACCUCUGGAACCAGGAACGCUGGUGGUUAUAAUCGAUGAAUCUAUCCGAAACGGCUGGACCCGCGGACGUGUUUUGGAUGUUGUGAAAGGAGCUGAUGGACGAGUACGACGGGCAACAGUGCAAACUUCUAAAGGACUCAUCAUCAGGCCUGUAGCUAAGUUAGCGGUUUUGGAUGUCGGUAAGACAUCAGAAGAUCAUCUGUCUUACGAGGGGGAGGAUGUUACCGCUACUUUGACCGCCCCCCUACAGCAACACCAGAAUCCUGGUCGGUUGAACACUGACGUUAGCGGUUGUGACAGCGAGCAGAUGACGAAAGACGUCAACGAGGAUGACAUUUGUGCUAGGAAACAAGACCAUGUGAAUUGUUAA